CGGCGCUGUGAUAGGCCAAAUCUGUUCUGCUCUUUGAUUGGCUAGUUAAUAGCUUGGGGGCAAAAGACUAGAAUGGUGUGGUGCCGGGAUAUUUGACCGCGUCUUGAAAAACUUUUGGAUUUUUAUUAUAAUUAUUCAUUUGUGCUACCAGAAAUUUUCCGUCUACUUUUCCUCACGUGCUCACAAUAGUUAACAAGAUUUUAGCUCACUUACAAGAUUUUAAUCCUUUCUGAUUUCGUCAAUUAUGGAUAAAAGAGGGAAUAAAGAAAAUCGGAAUGCUGGUAGCAGAAAUAUGAAGAUCACAUCAGUAUUUAAAGUUAAGAAGUGCUUGUUUGAUUCUAAUUCUGAAUUCAAAUCUCCACAAUCAAACCCAGAGCAUAAUAGUUCACCUGUUGUACCUAUGUCUCUAUUUGCAAAACAAACCCCGUCGCCAAACUUUAUGGUUUGUGAUGAUAGCCCAUUUUCUCAGUUCAAUGUAAGAAAAAGACGCAUGGAAGUAUCUGCCAAAAAUGACUGGAACAGAAGUACGCCAAAUAGAAUGGAUAGUUGCACAACACCCUUAAAGAGAAGCUCCAUUUUAAUAAGAAACCUGGUGGAAGACACUGCUUCACUGACAACUGCGAGUCCUGAAAAUUCUAUAAAGCUUGCUGUGCAAAAAUCUAUUCAAAAUCCUGACUUAAUAGGAGACUUUUCCAAGCCUUGUGUUUUACCUGUGAUUGAUGGAAAACAUCCAGAUUUAAAGACAAUCUCUCCAGACACAGUUGCAAAUCUGCUUCAAGGAAGUGAUUCUUUUGAGUUUACAAUCAUUGACUGUCGAUACCCAUAUGAAUAUGCUGGUGGUCAUAUUAAAAAUGCACUCAACAUUUACUACAAAGGAGAUGCUGAAGCUCGGUUUUUCUCACAAAAAAAGAAGACUGAUUACCCUAUAUUGAUAUUCUAUUGUGAGUUUUCAUCUGAACGUGCCCCUAGCAUGAUGCGAUUCUUAAGAAGCACAGACAGGAAUCUAAAUAGAGAUCAUUAUCCUCAUCUUUUUUAUCCUGAAUUAUAUGUCAUGGAGGGUGGUUAUAAGGCUUUCUAUUCUACCUUCGAGGAUCUCUGUGAGCCUCAAAGCUACAAGCCAAUGUUGCAUGAGGAUUAUUCGGAACAGAUGUCUCAUUAUCGCACCUAUUGCAAGAAUUACAGCUCAAAGAACAAGCGUAGAAGAGCCAAGACAUCUACUGUGGAUGCAUAAGAGGAAAACUGUUUGUGCCAAUUUCAUCCUCAUUUCACACAUUGCAUUUGUUUAAACUUAUAUAUUUCAUUGUAGUCAUUAUUCUUUGGUGGAUUGAAUGUAUUGUAUUUAUGAGUCAUUUUACUGAAUUGUGAGAGUGCUUAUAUCUUGAUGUUUAGAGGUGUUUGCUUACAUGCCAUUGCCAAUAGUUUGCCAGCAUCUUUCAUGAAGCGUGAACAAUUCUACCAAAUAUCAUUUGGAACUGUUUUAUAUCAAUUAAAUUGUUUUUAUUGAAUAAAUCAAUCACUCAUCAUCCAAUUGUUAUGAGUUUUAAACUUAAAUUAUUUUUUGAAUGUAUGAAUUGUAGAGGUUAAGACUUUUAGGGAUGGAUGAUGAAUUUUAAUCUUUUAAUGUUAUAGAAAAUAUUGUUGAAAUAUACAUCAGUUGUUAUACAUUUCAUUUUAUUUUAAACAUGAACGCUUGUUAAUAACUUGGUGGAUUUAAAUUUGUAGUGCAUGACUAAGGCAGUUUUAAUUUUUCAAAUGAAGGUAGUUUGGUCACUUUGAUCUGUUGUACAUAGUCUCAUAUAUUGUAAAUAGAAUCACACUGAUUGUGCAAUUAUUUAUGAAUUUGAAUAUAAAUUAUCAUCUUAUUGUGAGGAAUUCUUGCAUAAGUUAUUUUUGCAUUUCAUCAUGUCAAUCAUGUUAUCAAUUUACACUGCCAUUUAUGUUUUUUUGAUAAUAAAAAUUUUGUUUUCGUAAUA